AUGGUUGAAUAUUAUAAAUGGCUCAGUCAGUUAGAUGACCAAACAGAAGUUGCGCGUCUUUCUUUACCGGGAACACACAACAGCGCAGCGUGCCAUACAUCCUUGCCGUCUGUGCGGUGCCAGGACUGUAGUGUGACAGAACAAUUGAAGAACGGUGUACGCUUCUUUGAUAUUCGCUUGGGAAAGCUGUUUUUUAAGCAAGACAAAGACGAGGGCUACUCAGCAGAUGAAUUGCAAGUCAUCCAUGGUAAAUUUCCAGUACGCGUACCCCUACCAUUGAAAUUCUCAAGCGUGCUAGAGGAGUUUUAUCGCUUCUUGGACGACAAUCCAAAUGAAUGCUGUGUUGUGUCUUUAAAGCAGGAAGGCGAAGAUUCGUGGGACAAUGAGAACGAAGAGUUUCCUAACUUCUUGUGGGAUCACUAUCUUGGGAAGAACGAAGGCAGAUGGUACCUACAAGAUACACUGCCUCGUUUGCAGGAUGUACGGGGCAAAGUUAUUCUUUUCCGUAGAUUCGGAUGGAACCAGGACAAACACGGUCGUCCACUGGGUAUCAAUGCCGCAUGGUGGUCCUACAACACGACAAAUGAAGAUCGCGGUCUUUUCCAAGUUCAGGAUUACUGCGAGCUUGCCAGCAGUGAAGACAUUGAAAAAAAAGCUACCUACGUCAAGGAUCUGAUUCGUACAGCUUCGCAGUACAAUUCAACAGCCGAAAAUUCUCCGAAGCUAUUUGUCAAUUAUUGCUCAGGAUCCAAUUUCUUUAACAGAAGUUGCUGGCCAGAAAUGAUUGCAACCAAAAUGAAGGAUUGUGGAAUUGAUUCGGAAAUCAGAAAAGCCUGCGGUGUAGUGAUUCUUGACUUUGCUGGUAAGGACGAUUGGUCCAUGGUAAGAAGGGUAGUGGACUCUAAUUUUUAG